UCGCGCCUUCCAUGUGUGGAUUCUCCUCGCGCGAGUGAUAAGAACAUUAAGCACACAUGAAAGCAGCGCCUAGAUAAGCCGUGGUGAAGAGUUCAAAUUUUUUAGCUUCUACAAGCGACUCGGCAGGUACACAGAAAAGGAUUGUAGUUAGUGUUCAGGGCGUUCCACUGGGCAAAAGGCUCUUUUUAAGUUUUGCGGAGAAUUGCUGGAAUUUGAAGUGAGAAAGAUGGGUUGCGGAACUUCAACGAUUAAGUAUCUCCUCUUCAUUUUCAACCUAAUUUUUGCUCUUGGAGGAUUGGUUAUUUUGGCCAUCGGAGCUAUCAUUCAAUGGAACAUAGGCUACUUUGAAACUGGACUGUCAGAGAAGGUGACAGUCCCUGCGAUCUUAUUGAUCAUUGUUGGCAGCAUUAUUUUUGUCACUGCCUUUUUUGGAUGCUGCGGCGCAAUUCGAGAAUCGCAUUGCAUGAUAACUACGUUCGCAAUUAUCAUGCUGGUCGUUUUCCUGAUCCAACUGAUUGGUGGAAUUUUGGCCUUUGUGUAUCAAGACGAGCUCGACUUGACGUUGAAAAAUUCCAUGCACGACUUGAUGAUUUUGUACAAGAAAGAAGGCCCCGAUGGCGAUUUUGCCCGUCAGUACUGGGACUCGAUUCAAAGCCAGUUUCAAUGUUGUGGGGUUGAUGGACCCCUAGACUGGACCCUGAAGACCCCUGGGGUUCAAUUACCUCCACCCUCUUGCAGUUGUGACGCACUUUUGACCAGCGAGUGUGUGGCUGGUAUUUAUUCAAAGGGUUGCUUCCCGAAACUGAGCGAGUGGAUGAGGAUGACCCAAAACGUCCUCGGCGGUGUUGCCAUUGGCCUGGCGGUAGUCGAAUUGAUUGGGGUGAUCUUCGCGCUUGUCCUUGCAAAUGCCAUCAAAAGGAGUUGGAGCCGUUAUCCUCGGUGCUCUUGGUGUCGUCGCUUUUACGUCACCGAACUACGUCUUUGUAAUAACAGCUACGGCUAUUUUCUUGACAACCUUCUUUGGAUGCUGCGGCGCUCAGCAGGAAUCAAAAUGUCACCUUCGAAUCGUAAGGAAAGCCAAAAACUUUACUUCCUUGGUUUUGUCAACUGCGAAGAAGGCGUAACUAUGUGUUCCUUUUCAAUUAUUAAAUUCUUGCUUUUCUUCUUCAAUUGUGUAAUCUGGAUUGGUGGUUCUGCACUUAUUGUUUUCGGUGUAAUCCUGAAAGUGGACAAUAACGUAGGUCUUACUGAAGUCAAUUACGGGGCCAUCAUUCUCAUCGGCAUCGGAGGAUUUAUUUUCUGCAUCGCCUUCCUAGGAUGCUGCGGCGCCAUCAAAGAGUCAACGUGCAUGCUGAGAACUUUUGGCUUUAUCUUGCUAAUUAUAUUCUUGAUUCAAAUGAUUGGUGAUAUCCUGGUAUUCGUUUAUAAGGAAGAAGUGAACUUCAAAAUUGAAUCCAAGAUUCAGAACAGCCUACAGAAUUAUGGAAAAGAUGGAGUGCAAAAGACACUGUGGGACACUAUCCAGAGAGAGUUGAAGUGCUGUGGCGUGAACAGUUCCAUUGAUUGGACUGAUAUUAUACCAGACUCAUGCGAUUGUGUAGACAAGAAUAUUGGCAACUGCACUGAUGAUCAACAGUACUACAAUGAGGGAUGCUUCAAAAAAUUAGAAGAAAAGUUCAAAUCAUGGAGCCUCGUCGUUUCUAUAGUCUUGUUGGUUUUGGCUCUGAUUGAGUGUCUUGGCGCUAUCUUUGCCUUUUCUUUGGCAUCCCAAAUUUCAAGCCAACAUGGAAAAAGAAUUUAUUAACGCAAUAUGACGCUCCGAGAAAAUUCUUGCAUGUUUUUUUAAAUUCAUAAAGUUUCCCGCUGAUUUAAAAUUUUUACAAAGAAACGGCAUACAUUUUUCUUUAACAAAAAUAUUAAUUAUAAAUAAUAAUAAUCAUAAAAAUAAUCAUCAUGGUAACUGCAUGGUGGUAAUAUAUAAUCAAAUGGCGAAUUUAAAUAUCAAACGGUCUCUAAAAAAUAAUGUUAAAUGUUAAUCAAGUCUUAAUAGGGCGCACAACUCUAAUAAUAAAAGAAAAAAAUUAGAGCGUCAUCAUGAGCACCUCACCAUAAUAUUUUUAAAAAUAUUGAGAUGAUAAGGACGCGGAUAAAUACGAUGCUAUCGUAAUUAUAAUUUCUACAAAAUAUUUUUAUGUAAAAUGCUCACACUUCCAACAUCCAAAGAGACACAAAACACAAAAUUCGCCAAAUUAAUAAAAAAAAGUGAUAAAAUCAAAUUUAUGCAACUUUUUAGUUGUAAAAUAUUAUUUAUUGAUAAAUCGCAGAUGAAAUUACUGCCUAAUUACAAAUGUGUUUAUAUGAGUAAUUUUUCGCUUUGAGAACACUCAAGAUAGAGUUAUUAGCAUAAAGUUAUGAAUACUUUUAUAUAUUUUUCAAUUAUUCAAAUCGCGUUGUAAAUAAAUAAAUAAUAUGUAUAUUGUGCGUUUGAAAAACAUUGUCAUAUAUUUAUCUAUUAAUUUGCUAGUUCUGUUGACCUAAAAUGUAUUUUUUUAAAUUAAAAAUAUUUUUAUUUAGUUGUCCACAUGUUUGCAAUUACAUUUUUUUUUUACAUUCGAUAAUUAUGUAAUUGAAAUAAAAAUUCUUGAAUAAAAGAGGGAAUUGCUGGGCAUAAAAAAAAUCACAAUAUCUAUCAAGAAUUAUAUAAUUAUGUACUAAACCUUAAAACUGCUGAGAGUAAAAAAUAUCUCAUAAUCUGGUGUGCUUUAAAAAAAUGGUGCCUUCUGCACCACCAAUAAGGGGCGCAGGCCGACAAGACUUUGUCUUGGCCUGACCCUAAAAGAAAAAAUAAAUCGUCUUAGUUUGUUCUUGUCAGUCGAGUUGUCAUUAAUAUAAGUAACAAUAAGUAUCAAUCAGUAACAAAAAUAAUAAUAAUAAUAAUAAUAAUAAU